CACUCUUUCCCAGAGCUUGUGUGAGAAAGACUUUCAUACAUUGCUCAGAAUGGCAGAUAAAUUCACUCAGAGUUGCAAGAAUAAAACUAAAGUCAUGCACAGCAAAACUAUGAGUCUCAAAGUUGCCUGUGCCAAGUAUUCCAAAUAACCCCAAACUUCUGAAAAAGAGAACCUAUCGUGCUCAAAAGAAACCCUUCUUAUUGGCAAAUCACUAUUUACGUCAAGCAAAGAAGAAGAAAAAGGCCAAAAAGAUAAAAUAAAAAGAGAAUAACAUCAAGUCUUGACAAGAUCCAGAAGAGUGUUUUUAUCUUUGGCAGGAAGAGAAGAAAUACAUCAAAUAGAGUUCCAAACAUGACGAGAAGAUCUAGUAAUGGAAAAGUUUUUGAAUGGAAUUAUAAGGAUAACCUAGAUUUAAAGACUGUGAAUAAGAAUUUGAUGAUACAAAUUAAUGGAGACAGAUUCACAGAUUCAACAACAUUUGAUUCCAAUAAAUGCUCUCUAGUCUCCAGCUUAAAUUUUAAGUGAAUCUGUGGUAUUGGCAGCAACAUGCAUCACUGUGAGGCUGCUCAAAGAUGGACAGAAUACGCCUAUAGACAUCAUUCGCGAUCUUUCGAUUUUGAAAAAGAUUCAGAAAUCUUCAAUGAUAUGCUCACACUUGCAGAGUCAGACUCUGCAGUGCAAGAAUCGGUGCAGCAGAUCAAGAAUGACAUCUGCAGAACUGUCACUGACGAAGAGUUCUUCUGAGUGGGCGGCAGAGGCUAUACAACUAUGCUGGAAGUGCUGACUGCCUUUGCAUUGUACGAUAAGCCGUGCGGAUAUGUGCAAGGAAUGAACUUCAUCACAGCUUCAUUAGCUUAUCACUGCAACUCGGCAACUGCGUUCUGGCUGUUUACAUCGCUUAUUGAGGACUAUGAGCUAAGGGAAAAUUACUUAAACGGACUUGAAGGCUUUUAUGAAAGAGCACAGAGUAUAAGUGAGCUUGCAAAAGUAGAAAUUCCAGAAAUACAUGCAUUUUUAGUGACCUUUGAGAUGAUCACUCUUGAGCCAGUUAUGAGCUUGUUUUGUAACAUGAUCUCAUUAGAAGAAUCCAAGCACCACUUAGAAGAAUUCUUUAAAAGAGGGUGGAAGUACUUUAACUGACUCUUCAUUAACUUUUUGGAAUGCAAUUCUGCUCAAAUUUUUAUGUGAGAAGACCAAUGAGAUAUUCUGAGUCUCUUUAAGGACUAUUAUCACUGUAGAGGAGGUCGCCAGAGCACAUGGUCUCAAAGGAUCGCACUCCAAAACAAAUCUACUGCUGAUUCUUAUAGCAUUUGAGAUGUCGAUUGGGAAAAACUUUGCAGAAAAUCUUAAUUAAAAACCAGUUGGUUUUUAAAUUUGCGAAUCUUUUUCAAUAAAUAAAAAUAAAUA